GGCAACUCGGUUGCGUCACGUUGGACGGCUGAAGCCAAUCGGCUUUUAUGUUCCCACCAGAAGCCUGUGAAUCAGAUUGAUAUAAGAUGGCGACCGCGGAACCGGAAUCCACUUCAAAUCCCCCAAAUUCUGAAGAAGAAAAAACUGAAGCCACUGGCCAGGAGGUUGUGAGUCCCGAACACUACAUUAAGCAUCCACUACAGAACAGAUGGGCCCUUUGGUUCUUUAAAAAUGACAAAAGCAAAACUUGGCAGGCAAAUCUUCGACUUAUUUCCAAAUUUGAUACAGUUGAAGAUUUCUGGGCCCUUUAUAAUCACAUUCAACUGUCAAGCAAUUUGAUGUCUGGCUGUGACUAUUCACUUUUCAAGGAUGGCAUUGAACCCAUGUGGGAAGAUGAAAGGAACAAGCGAGGAGGACGAUGGUUGAUUACUCUGUCUAAACAGCAGCGGAGAUCUGACUUGGAUCGGUUUUGGUUAGAAACCCUCCUCUGCCUCAUAGGUGAAGCUUUUGAUGACUACAGUGAUGAUGUUUGUGGUGCAGUAGUUAAUAUCAGAACAAAAGGCGAUAAAAUAGCGAUAUGGACAACUGACUACGAAAACAAGGAUGCUGUUACACAUAUAGGGCGAGUUUACAAGGAGAGGUUAGGAGUCCCACAAAAAGUGAUCAUCGGAUACCAGUCCCAUGCAGACACUGCCACCAAAAGCGGAUCCACCACCAAGAACAAGUUUGUCGUUUAAGAAGCCUUCAAAGCAUUUUUUCCUGCUUUUUUUUUCUCUGAGAAGACUGCGUCAAGCAAUCGAGAUCCAGGUUAAACCAAAGCUUCUUCUGAGCAGAAUGGACUGCAUUCUAUGAUUUCAAUAAAUACAUUCAUUCAGAUGCUCCAUAAGCUCUUCCAUAAUUGACACUUUCUUCUCCUCUCAUCUUUAUCCACUAAUAAAAAAGCAACGAGAUAACGGAUUUCAAAAGUCCCAUGGCUGCGUGGUAAAAAGUUUGUCGAAUUGUGCAUUAACUUCACAUGGAAAAAAACUCUUGGUGUUAACCAUAUUGAAUAGAAGAACAUUGUUCUUUUUUUAAGUCUUGUGUGUUGAUUAAGCUACCCAUUGAAGAGAAGAAGUUGCUUGUUGAAGCAGUUCUAAUUGCUUUGUGCUUUUGUACAGCAAUGUGCUGUUGCUGUAAUCCCUAGUAAUGUUACCAUUUAGGUUUAAUUUAUUUUUUUUUUCCCCAAGAGCUGUAGCUUCAUUUGAUUUGUAGCUAAAAAAGCUUUGUUUUUUUAGGGGGCUGGGGCUUAAAACUUGGUGGAAUCAUACUAUUGUGACAUUUGCUUUCACUAUAAAUUUCUUGGAAGUAUUAACAUAAUUAAAAUUUUUGUUUUUUGCAGUUCAGUAGAAAGUGUUUUUUAUGUUUUGUUUUUCUUAAAGAAAAUGUGGACUUUUGUAUGUAUCCUGUAAUUUUACAUUCCUUGCUAGAAAAUAGUAAGAUAUAUCAAAAGCCUCAAUUGUUUUGUUAUGCUGUAUUUUAUGACAUAUUCAUUAGAAUAUAUUUUGCUUUGAUUUAUGCCUCACAUAGAACAUUGCCCCUUUCAUAUUAAGACAGUGUAAAGAAAAAUCUGUAAAUAAAUGUGUACAGUGAAUUGUCUUUAUUUAGGGAGUGCAGCUCUUCUUUCUCAAAAGCCAAUUGGCAUGAGUAAAUUGUGGGAGUUUCAAGAAAUUCAAUAUCAGAAACUGUUAUCAGAGCUGCGUACAUGACUUUGGAGAACAUAGAGAGGUGUGUAUAGAUUUGACUCCUUUAUUUCAAAGUAAAAAAAAAAACAGCUAUUUGAAUUUGUUAUGCUUGUGGCUAGAGACUUGUUCGACCUGCUUACAGUGGAAACUGUUUUCAAAUUUAAUCAAAAUCAUGUAAUCAGUCAUGUAAUUUCACUAGUUUUAUGGUGUAAUAAAAUUAAGGAUGAGUCUUG